AUGUCGAAUUAUCAAGGCCGAAAAUCGGAAUAUACGCCAACGGUCUACACACGUUAUUUUGAACGAACUGAAACUCCUAAACAGUCGAAUGGUCAUAUCUAUUUCGACGACGAGCGCGACGAAAAAGCGUCAAAUUAUCAAAUAAAACGUGAUCUUAUAUUUAAACGAUUAUUCCCUUCCAAAUAUGCUCAAUCAAAUAAUGAACAAUCUGAAGCCGACAAAAAUGAACCAAAGAAAACUAAUACUUUGUCAAAUAAUGAUGCUGCUCAGCCAUUAGGUGAUUUUAUUCCACUUUCUAGUUCAAAAAAACAACCAAUAUCUGAAAAAGAUAUCACACUUUCCAGUUCAGAUGAACUUAACGAUGAUGAUGAUGAUGAUGUUUUAGUAGAAGCACAACUGCCGACAGUCGCACAUGAAUCAAUUAUUGGUCAUGUUCAUCCUCGUACAACAAUCGAAAACGUUCGAGCAAUUCUCAUUCGUGAAUUCUAUCAACGUACCAGUGAUUCGCAUACGGAAUGGUUGAAAUGCAAAAUGGAAUUGCCCAGAGAAUACAUUAAUCCGAAGUAUUAUGCUGAUUUUCAGCGACGAUAUAGGAAAGAUAUUCAGAGGAAUGCCACGGAUAAGAAGAAAUUGAAUUCAACAAAAACUAAAACUGAUAAUGGUUAUCAUGCUUUUAAUUCAACGAAAACUAACCAAAUUACCAAAGAAACUACUGUUAAAUCUGAGAAUGACGAAAUCAUCGAAACUUCGUACAUAAAAUCGGUUAAAGGCAAUUCAUCUUCAUCACCCAUUGUUCUUUCCAACAGUGCUUCUGUUGAAUCCAAGUCUCCACCUGAAUUUAUCGUUCUUGACACCGAAGACGAUGAUAAUGAUAAUAAUCUCGAUUCCACUACAAACACCUCGUACUUCAUCGAUCGUUCGUCGACAUCAUUCGCCAGCGCAUUUCAACCAACAACUGACACAUCUAACAAUGAUUAUCACGAAGAAGAUUCCAAAUACGCGCAGUUACCAUCCCGUGCGACGUCUUCAUCAACUGUGAUUCGUCCUAUUCUCAGUAAACAUCAACGACGUCGACAAAAUCAAACGAAACCGUCGACCAAACCGCUUGUCUCUGCAAUCGAUCGCAUUAUCGAUCAUAUGGAUCAAUCGAAAACCUUAAAUGAUUCACAUACAGCAGAAGAACAAAAUCUUCUCAUAAAACAAGUUAAAAAGCGCAAGAAAAAGAAGAAGAAUAAGUCAGUUCCUGCUAGUUAA